ACCAUAGUUAUGCAAACUCAUAGUUGGCGAUGCUCGUGCAUGAGGGGAACCAGGCCAAAUGUGAGAUCAAACAGGUUUGAUCGGUUCCGGUAAUGUAAGACUCGUCAAUAAUAUCUGAUCUCAGACCAAGUCGCGACUACACCGUCGCCGCACAUGAUUUUGUAAGGACAAUCAGAGAAAGAGAAAAAGAACCCCGAAAUUCCAGAUAUAAUGGCUAGAAAUUACGGUCUCAAUGGCGAGGGGCUUGGCAUUCCGAUUAUAUGCCUUCCUGUCUUCGUCGCUGCACUAGUAAUUGCACUCUAUCUGAGGGCUCCUGACCAGAAAGAGCCGCCGAGCCUCCCAGAGAGGAUUCCAUUCAUCUCGAAUGGGUACCAAUACCUAACCAACGUAUCACGUUUCAUGGAUCGUGUGAAAGAAACUCUUGAAAAAAAUAGGAGUAAUAUCAUCAAAUUUUACAUUGGACCUACGCGAGGUUAUAUCGUGACCGGCACCAAGAAUGUGCAAGCAUUGUUGGGGUCGCCACAUUCCCUUGGUGGUGACUGGCUGCAGAUUCAACUAAUGGAUAAACACUGGGAAAUGACGAAAAGCGAAAUCCAGAAAUUUGUCAAUGAUAAAUCCGGCCGUCUUGAAACACCAGCGCCAGGAAGUGAACGUGUUCCUGAAAGCCAGCGAUACUGGCUAGGUCAUCAGCGCCUCUAUGUGGAGUUUCUCACCCAACAGAGACAUUGUCAAGCACUGGCUGACGGAUUUUAUCGGUUCUUUGAUGAGAAAACGGACCUGAACCUUCAAGAGUUUGAGACAGUUAGUUUGUUCUCGACCUUGAAGCUCACAAUGACAGAAAGCGCGACUCUCUCCUUCUUCGGCUCGCGAAUCUUGGAGCUUAACUCGGGUUUUAGUGAAUGCUACUGGGCCUUUGAUCCUUUCGGCGGAAAGCUGGUUUGGGGCCUUCCAAAAUGGUUGGACCCUGUUCCUUACCUAGCUCGCGCUCGACUACAUCGCAUGACUAGGAGAUAUGUUGAUUCCGCUUGGAAGAAUUUAAACCCAGGUGCAUCUGACGCGGAUUGGGAUCCCCAUUGGGGCUCCCGCCUCUCUCGAGAGACAGCAAAGUGGCUUCGUGCUGCGGGGUUCUCGGAUAAGGCUUUAGCUGGCCAUGUCCUCGGCACUUUGUUUGGUCUUCACGGCAACACUGUCCCCAUCACUACAUGGAUACUCAUAGAACUCAUCAAGGACCAGUCUCUUAUGCAAGAUGCCCGAGCUGAGGUAUUAGAAGCCUUCGCAUUCGAUGCUAAUAAAGGUAGACGUUUCCUGAACCCACAAAAGCUCACAUCACAGCCUCUCCUGCAGUCGAUAUAUACAGAGAUACUCAGACUACACGUAUCUUUCACAAUCAGUCGCGAGGCAAUGCGUCCUGUAGAGAUAGAUGGAUAUAAAAUACCCUCAGGGUCCCUGGUCCAAUCCAGUUCUAAUAUCGCACAUUUCGAUGAGUCUGUGUGGGGGACUGAAGAGCACCCUGCGUCAGAAUUCUGGGCCGAGCGACACAUUAAGUACGCUGACGCGGAUGGAGAAGUUGGGAAACGGCAAUUUUCCAUGCGAGGUCGGCCAACGUCAUUUUUCCCCUACGGUGGCGGGUAUGUGGUAUGCCCAGGCCGCCAUUUCGCCAAGCAAGAGAUUUUGAUAGCAGUUGCGCUCUUCAUCACCAAGUUUGACAUUGAGUUGGUCGAGUGGACCAAUAUGAAUGGUACGAAGUCAGACAGGGAGGCACAUGAUGACCAGUACUACGCAGGUGUUAUAGCUAUGCCCCCAGAUCGUGAUAUGAAGGUGCGCUUGAAGAAAACUCAGGGACUGAUCGAUUGAGCCUCUUAGAGUGAAAAUGACUUUUGAUUCUGCUUUUUGCUGUGUUGGUAUGCACUAUGCAGGUUGUGGGGAGGUGUAGAUCAUCUUGACUUACAACAUGGGAAAGGGGAACAAGAGCGACGAAAGAGGGUUCUUCUCGACGCCAGUGUUCUUACUGAAUUAAUUUUCGUUCGGCACUAAUUGCACUACAUAGUACUUAAAUUAAGCUUCCCUAGAAUUAUCGAGGAUAUAUUAGCAGACUAUUUACUACAUGUACCUACCUUUGUUAGGCUCUAUUGAGACAUAGAAUACUUGGUUCGGUGACUAUUUGGUUGAAGACUUUCUACUGAAACUUAUUGGCCGAGGAGUGGUUGUUGAUGCUCUAUUAAAUUAGACUUUAGAUCAGUUGCCGGGAGGGUAUGUAGGAUGUUUCUUGGGAACACCCCAUGCCCAGCGUUGCUGCACGAGCGUAAUGCUGCGAUGUGCUCCUCUGCCAGGACUGGAGUAGCGCCAUCGAAAUCCUCCGAA